AAAGAGUGAAAGAGCUCAGAUUGUGUUCCUGCUGCACAAGAGCGUCUGUACUUCUGCAUGUGAUGGUCAGCGGCUGAUUGUUUCCUCAAAGCUCUGCUAAUGUCUGCAUUGGUGUUUUAGCUGCAGUAUGGCAGAGGAGCGAGUAAAGGACUCUCUCUCAGAGAAACACAGUGUGAGAUUAGGAUCAUGUGUGUCAAGCUUUGUGUCUCUGAAGAGUAACGGGUUAAUGGAUCGUCCUCCACCAAACCUCAGUGAGGAAACACCAUCACCUGCCCAAAGUGUAAGAUCAGGAUCAUGUGUGUCUGGCUCUGUGUCUCUCAAGAGUAACAGGUCAAUGGAUCGUCCUCCACCAAACCUCAGAGAGAAAACACCAUCAUCUGCCCGAAGUGUUGAAUAUGAGUUAUCAGAUUCAGGAGACGAGACUCACAGGAGACACAAGAGUUUCACAGACAAUCUCCAGUGGAUCUUCCAGAAUCUUGAGAGCAAAAUGAUCAGAUUUCUGAAGAAUCAACUAAAAAUCUUUAGGAAAAUCUUACAACACAAAAACAGACAAGAGUUUGUGAAGGAGUUUAAUGAGAACAGAAGCAGAAUCACAGAAGCAGCUCUUGAUCUCACACUCUUCUUCCUGAGAGAGAUGAAGCAAGAUCAAGCUGCUGAUACUCUCCAGGAUGAGCUGUUCUUCAUUAAUCAGCUUAAAUGUAGCCUGAAGAAGAAAUAUCAAAGUGUGUUUGAAGGAAUUGCUCAGCAAGGAGACUCCACACUUCUGAAUAACAUCUACACAGAUCUCUAUAUCACUCAGGGUGCGAAUGAACAGGUCAACACUGAACAUGAGAUCAGACAGAUUGAAGCUGCUUCCAGACGUCAUCAGUCACUAGAGAUACAGGUUAAAUGCAAACAUUUGUUUGAAGCAGCUGAACAACACGAGCAGAUCAGAACUGUCCUGACAAAAGGAGUUGCUGGCAUCGGGAAAUCAGUCUCUGUGCAAAAGUUUGUUCUGGAUUGGGCUGAAGGGAAAGAAAAUCAAGACAUCAGCUUCAUAUUUCCCCUUCCAUUCAGAGAGAUGAACUUAAAGGAGAAAGAAAGACAAAGUUUAAAAGACCUCAUAACUCAGUUUUUCCCAGAGACUGAAGGACUGAACCUUACAAGAAGCACACGAUUCAAAGUCCUGUUCAUCCUUGAUGGAUUGGAUGAGUGUCGUCUUCCUCUGAACUUUGCUGGUAAUGAGACGUGUCGUGAUGUAUCUUCAGCAGUCUCUCUGGAUGUUCUCCUGACGAACCUCAUCAAGGGAAAUCUGCUUCCUUCUGCUCUCAUCUGGAUCACCAGCAGACCAGCAGCUGCCAGUAAGAUUCCUGCUGACUGUAUCGACCGGCUGACAGAAAUACGGGGAUUCAAUGAUGCCCAAAAGGAGGAGUACUUCAGAAAGAGACUCACAGAUCAGAAUCAGGCCAGAGAAAUCAUUGAUCACAUUAAACAGUCAAAGAGUCUCUUUAUUAUGUGCCACAUCCCAGUCUUCUGCUGGAUUUCAGCCACUGUUCUCCAGAACAUACUGAAACUGAAACACAGGGCUCAUGCUGAAACACUGCAGGAAUCUCCCAAGACUCUGACACAGAUGUACACACACUUUCUCCGCUUUCAGAUCCAGCAGAGCAGAAGAAAGUAUGAUGGAGAAAACACAGCAGAUGUCUCCUGGGAUCCAAACCUCAUCCUUUCACUGGGGAAACUGGCAUUCCAGCAGCUGGAAAGAAACAAUGUGAUCUUCUAUGAGAGCGAUCUGAAAGACUGUGGCAUUGACGUCUAUAAGGCAUCGGUGUACUCAGGCAUGUGUACCCAGAUCUUUAAGGAGGAGACAGGAAUCCUUCUUGGUACCAUGUACUGCUUUCUUCACUUGAGCAUUCAGGAGUUCAUUGCAGCCCUUUAUCAACAUCUCAAUCUAGACAGCGACAAGAAGCAUGGAUUGUUUUUACAGAUAAGCAAAAAUAAAGGCGUGACCGAUUUCCUAAAGACUGCAGUGGACAAGGCUCUGGAAAGUAAGAAUGGACAUCUGGACCUUUACCUUCGCUUCCUUCUCGGUCUGUCACUCCAGUCCAAUCGACAACUCUUACGAGGCCUGUUGACACAGCAGGAUGACAGAGACCAGAGCAAAGAGGAAAUAAUUGCCUACAUCAAGCAGAAACUUGAAGGGAAUCUGUCCCCAGAGAGAUCCAUCAAUCUGUUCUACUGUCUGAAUGAACUGAACGACCAAACUCUGCUGAAAGAGAUUCAGUCUCACCUCAGUAGUGGAAGUCUGUCAUCUGCUUGCCUUUCACCUGCCCAGUGGUCUGCUCUGGUCUUUGUGUUGUUGACCUCAGAGGAGGAGCUGGAGGAGUUUGAGCUUCAGAAAUUCCAGAGAUCAGACGAGUGUCUCAUCAGACUAUCAGCAGUCAUCAAAUCCUCCAAAAGAGCUCUGUAAGUCCCUCUAUCAUCUAAGAAAUAGACAUUUGCUGAUAUUAAAUAAUACAAUAUCAUGUCAGUGAACAUG